AUGGUUUUGGUUAAAAGGGUGCAUGAAAUUACUGAUCACAGCGUAUUUGGAGAUAGAGGGCUCUUGAAAUGUGAACCCGUCAAGAUACAUUUACACGAUAAUCCUAAACCUUACAGUGUGAGUACCCCGAGGCGUAUACCCUUUCCUCUACUGCCAUUGGUGGAAGCCGAGUUGAAAAGAAUGAAAGACGAAGGGAUCAUUGAAGAGGUGACAGAGCCAACUGAGUGGUGUGCCCCUAUCGUCCCAGUCCCAAAGAAGAAUGGUCAAGUACGAAUUUGUGUUGAUUUGAAGAAACUAAACGAGGCUGUUAAACGCGAAAGAUAUGUUUUGCCCAGUUUAGAUGAUAUUGCGCCUUCACUUCAUGGAUCCGAAGUGUUCUCAAAAUUAGAUGCUGCUAGUGGAUUUUGGCAGAUCCCUUUACAUCCUGAAAGCUCUAAAAUGACGACCUUCAUUCAUGGGCGUACCGGAAGGAAAAAAUUAGGGGGGCGGAAAGAAAAUUGCCCGACUUUUCGGGAUUCUGCCCGACUAGUACCAAAAAAUUUUUCCGGAAAAAUUAUUUUGGCGACCUCCCUCCCCCCCCCCCGUUGCCAAAAAAAUUUCGGUCAGUGUACCAUUUUAGGGGUCAAAAAAAUUUUCCGGACAACCAAUAUUUUUCGGAACAUAACACAAAUUUUCGAAAAACCACAAAAUUUUCCAAAAAAUUCACUUAAUUUUCACAAAAUUGACUGAAUUUGUCCCAUUUUUUUUUAUUGCAGACCAAAAUUGCCCGACUGUUCAUCGAAUAUUGCCCGACUGCCCGAUUACCCCGUUUGGUCGAUUCUGUUUUCGAAGACUGCCCUUUGGGAUAUCCUCCGCUCCGGAAAUUUUCCAAAGAUUGAUGACCGAUCUACUUCAGGGGAAACCUGGUACCAAAGUGAUUAUGGAUGACAUUAUGGGUUUCUCCAUGUUUCGUCUAGUCCACAUUAUCCGCAGGCAAACGGAAAAGCGGAAAGUGCUGUCAAGAUAGCCAAGAGAAUCUUGAAGCAAACGGAUCCGUUCCUCGCGUUGAUGGUGUAUCGAGCAACUCCAAUUCCAGCGACAGGUGUAAGUCCUAGUCAAUUGAUCAUGGGAAGACAGAUUCGCACAACUAUUCCAACACUUAGUCGUAAUCUGUUACCAGCCUGGCCAGAUCUUCCGACUGUACGCGAAGUAGACAAGGAAUCGAAAGAAAGGUAUAGUCAUGCUUAUAACAAGAGGCAUGGUGUGAAGUCCUUAUCUGAUUUGGAACCAGGUCAAACUGUUCGGGUGAAAACCGAUAAUCAGAAGAAAUGGAGUCCUGUUGGAGUUGUCAGUGCAUAUGGAUCUACACCAAGAUCAUACAUUGUGGACACUCCAGAGGGGAAAAAGAUGCGGAGAAAUAGACGACAUCUUCAAGCUGUUCCUAAAGCAGUUUCUGACGACAUUCUUGAAGACGACAUUUUUCAAGCGAUUCCUGAAGUUGUUCCUGAGAUCAACCCAGAAACAAGCGAAUUGUCAAGAAGAGUGGCAGAUCGAAGAAAUCCAGAAAGAACGUUACAGAAUACGCCAAGCCAUACCUCAAGCGGACGUGUUAUAAGGAAACCAAAACGGUACAUUGAGGAAUAUUGA